GCCGCCUGACAUGCCGUGACUCUGCGUGUAUGUUUGGGUGUCUGCAUGCAUGCGUGCAGGCAACUUGCCUCGUUGCAGCUCUGCUUAUGCUACUGUGAUUGCGUGUGUGUGUGCGUGUAGGAGAAGAGAGCAGAGAGAGAAGGCGAGAGAGCCUGCACGGUUACGUUUGUAGGAAGUACCGGCAGCAGUUGCAAAGUGUGAAAGCAAACUCUGCCACCUCUUGGAUCACUCCGAGUGGACAGACCACCCCCCAUAAUGCCAACUUUCGAUGAGGUUUUAAAAGAAGCUGGGGAAUUUGGAAGAUUCCAAAAGCGAGUCUUUUUCCUCCUUUGCCAGACAGGCAUAACUUUUUCCUUCCUGUUUGCUAGUGUGGUUUUUCUUGGGCAGGCACCAGAGAAUUAUUGGUGCAGGAUCCCUGGGGCAGCUGAGCUGAGCGAAAGAUGCAGAUGGACGCUCGAAGAGGAACGCAACUUUACGGUGCUGCCCCUGCAGCUGGCGAACGGGUCGUCGAGGGGGCAGUGCGAGAGGCUGGACACGGCAUGGGACACCUCCACCAGCUGCGCCAACUUCCUCGCCCACUACGGCAACCGCAGCGCCGGCAGCCUGCCGCUGACCGCAUGCCGCGAUAACUGGGUGUAUGAGCAGCCCCACUCGUCCGUCGUCAGCGAGUAUAACCUUGUGUGUGGCAAUGCCUGGAUGCUAGAUCUAACGCAGGCUAUCCUCAACCUGGGAUUUCUGGCCGGUGCAUUCACUCUAGGCUACGCUGCAGACAGAUACGGCAGAAUCCUCAUUUAUCUUCUUUCCUGCCUUGGUGUUGGGAUAUGUGGUAUAAUAGUUGCAUUUGCACCAAACUUUACUGUAUUUUUGAUCUUCCGUUUUCUCCAAGGUGUGUUUGGCAAGGGAACCUGGAUGACAUGCUAUGUGAUCGUGACGGAGAUCGUUGGUUCUGACCAGCGGAUCGUUGGGAUCGUGAUACAAAUAUUCUUCACCCUGGGAAUUAUGAUUCUCCCUGGAAUUGCAUACUGGGUUCCCAACUGGCAGGGUAUCCAGCUGGCCAUUUCACUGCCCAACUUCCUUUUCCUGCUCUACUACUGGGCAGUUCCUGAAUCUCCACGCUGGCUCCUGACACGCAAAAAGAGAGAGAAGGCAUUAAAGAUCAUGCACGACAUUGCAAAACACAAUGGGAAAUAUCUCUCACCCCAUUACUCAGAGAUCACUGUUAGCAACGAAGAAGUCAGCAAUCCCUCAUUUCAGGAUCUGGUUAGAACUCCCCAGAUGAGAAGAAACACACUGAUUCUGAUGUACGCCUGGUUCACAAGUGCCCUGAUCUACCAAGGGCUUGUCAUGCGCCUAGGAAUUGUUGGAGGAAACCUCUACCUAGACUUCUUCAUCUCAGGAGCUGUGGAACUGCCUGCGGCUCUCCUAAUUUUAGUGACAAUUGAUCGCAUUGGACGGCGCCCUCCCUUCGCCAUAAGCAAUAUCGUGGCGGGGGUCGCAUGCCUCAUUACUGCCUUCUUGCCAGAAGAUCUCCCAUGGUUCAAAACCACAGUAGCCACACUGGGAAGACUUGGCAUCACAAUGGCUUUUGAAAUUGUGUAUCUUGUGAACUCUGAAUUGUACCCUACGACACUGAGAAACUUCGGUGUUUCCCUGUGCUCG